AACUCCCCAACAACCUUCCACCUCACCUAUCACCUCAGAUCCCAAAUAUGUUCCCUCCUGUUGAUCAUACAGAAGGAGGAGAUGAAAACCAACCUCACAACUCAGCUUCCACCGCUAAUCAAGAUGUAGUUACAGCUCAGCUUGCUGCUAUGCAACAACAGUUUGGUGUCUUUCAAUUAGUUUUGGCUCAACUCCUAGCUUGGAAUAAUCCUGGCGAUCCCCUUAUCAAUUUACUGAACCCUACUCCACAACCCCCAGUUCAACAGCAAGACCCUCAACCAGUUCAGCAUGCUCUUGCUCUUAGUGAGUCUCAAGGUCAGUCUCACAUAGCCCCAGCUCAACAACCUCUACCUGAUGAUAUUCCUCAGCUCGAGACAUAUGAUGGGACAAAGGAUCCCGAUGAUCACCUCCAUGCCUUUUACUCCUGUAUGCAAGCUCAAAACACCUCUGAAUCGUUAAUGCGUAAGAUCUUUCCCUCCACUCUCCGUGCUAAUGCCCGAACCUGGUAUUAUUGUUUGCCCCCAAGAUCUAUCAGCUCCUAUUCAGAAAUGGCAUUUGCUUUUUCCAUAAAGUUUUCUAGCAGAAGGUUGAUAAGGAAAACUACUUCUGAACUGAUGCGAGUCAAACAGAGGGACGGAGAAUCUCUAAAGAAUUACAUGAGCAGGUUCAAUGAUGUAGUUCUCGAAGUCAGCUCCUUCAACCAAGCCGUGGGAAUUGCGGCUGUAAUUCAAGGUCUCCAACAUGAAAGAUUCAGAGAUAGCUUAAUAAAGCAUGCUACUGCUACUUUCAACGAGGUUAAUGACAGAUCGUUGAAAUUCAUAACUGUUGAGGAAUACGCUUUAUCCCAGAAACUAGUUAUUCCCAAGAAUCAAAAUCUAUAUUGGAGAGAUGAGGGUCAAAGCAGAAAACGGAUGAAGACAGUGCAAAACUGAGGUCCGAUGUCGACCUCUACAGCGAGAUUUGGAAAGCUGAACUCACUACCCCCUUAGUAAAAUAUCAGUAAAGAA